AUGUCUACAGCUCCUGACCCCAAGAUUCAAGAUCUCCUCAACAAGCCCAAGAGCGAGCUCACGGAAUAUGAGGUCGCUCUCGUUGAGGAGCACGAGCUCACUGCCGGCCCGCUGUCCCUCCUACAGACCGCCACCCGCUCGCACACCCAGGUCCUGAUCUCUUGCCGUAACAACCGCAAGCUCCUCGCCCGUGUCAAGGCAUUUGACCGACACUGCAACAUGGUCCUCGAGAACGUGAAGGAGAUGUGGACCGAGAAGCCCAAGGGCAGCAAGGGCAAGGGCGUUAACAAGGAUCGCUUCAUCAGCAAGAUGUUCCUGCGCGGCGACUCUGUCAUCCUUGUCCUGCUCAGCUGA